UUCAUUGAGCAGGGUUGGUUCUCACCUGGUCAGGUGUUCGUACUUGAUGAGUAUUGUGCUCGAUAUAUGGUGCGAGGAUGCCAUCGUUAUGUCUCACUUCUCAACGAUUUGCUCAAUAAGGCCGAUGAGGGACACCUCGUUGACCCGACCCUAAUGCACUAUUCAUUUGCCUUUUGUGCUUCACAUGUUCAUGGCAAUAGGCCAGAUGGCGUCGGAACGGUUACGCUUGAGGAAAAGGAAAGGUUUCAAGAAGUUUUGAUGAAGGAUGUUGUUUCACCAGUGCCUCCGGAUGAAGUACGUAAUGUGAUUCGAAAAUGCCUGGAAGAUGCGGCAUUGGUGAAUUACACACGAAUAUGCAACGAAGCAAAGCUUGAGCGUGAGCUUUUACACCAAGAACGUAUGGGUGUCGAUGUGAGUCCACAACAACGAAUAGAAGAUAUGAUACGAGUCACUGAAUAUUGCAUCGACCUUCUGAAGGAGAACGAGGAACAUCAUGGCGAGGCAUUCGCAUGGUUCAGUGAUCUGUUGGCGGAUCAUUCAGAAAUUUUUUGGUCGUUAUUCUCGGUGGAUUUGGACGCAGCGCUUGAAGUUCAACCACAAGAUUCAUGGGAUUCGUUUCCGUUGUUUCAGCUUCUCAAUGAUUUCUUGUGCAGUGAACCAACCCUCAAAAAUGGCGUUUUUCACAGCAAGCUAGUUCAACAGUUCUCGCCGCUCGUUGUGCGUUAUGUGGAUCUAAUGGAGCAUUCGAUCUCUCAGUCAAUUGAGAAGGGUUUCGCCAGGGAGAAAUGGGAACUGCGCAAGGAUGGAUGUGCAACAUCAGAGGAUAUCUACUGGAAAUUGGAUGCGUUGCAAGGAUUCGUGCAAGAUCUGAACUGGCCUGAAGAAGAGUUUGCAAAAUACUUACAAGUUCGAAUGAAAGCACUCGCGAGUGAAAUGAUCAGUAAAUGUGCCAACUGUACAUAUCAAUGUUUCGAUGGUUUUAUGCAAAGAGCUCGCAAAUCAACAGACUAUGUGCUUCCGUCCGAAUAUAAAUAUCAAUCAAAACUCGACGAGACAUUGGAGACGAUGUUGAGAGAUAUGGAAACAUGCAUGCAAGAUAAGUUGUUGUCGGUACUGGAAUAUGUUCUCUCAAAAUUGGCACGUUACGACGAAGGCAAUCCAAUUGGAGCGUUGCUAUCAAUAGCGCCGAAACCGACAUCAAUUUUCUCGAAGAUGAAGAACAUUGUUGGAGAUCAAAGCCUAGCUCAUUUGACUGGCUCCAGUUCAUCAAGUCCCGCAACUCCGAAACCUUCUGCUGCGCAAACGCAAAAUUCCGAGCAUAUUGGACACUCGUACGUGACAUUUAUGCGUGUUUGUACGGAGCAACUGAGACAAGUGGUAACGGAUGAAGUAUGGAAGAUUUAUUCGGAUUUCGAGUUGCACGGUAUUGAUGAUGAACGACUGAACAGUAAGAUCUAUCAGUCGAUAACACGACGACUACAACUCGAAGAAGCGAAUUGUGCACUGAGUGAAAACAACACCGGAGGCGUUUCGACAGGCAACAGUGCCGCACUUAUUGGGAACGCUACACAGGCGGUGAGCAGCAUGGGUAGCAUGGUGGAGGGUGCUGGCGCUAGGGUGUUCGCAUUCUUUAAGUAG